CGGAACGUACCUCUGCCAACGCCAUGAUUGCUCCUCGGUGCUUUGCUAGUCUAGCUCUGUGCAGCCUGGUCAUUGCCCAAAGCGGCGGCUCAGUCAAUAGCGUUGAGUAUUUAAGGCCGUUUGUGAAGUACCAGGAGAAAGUGGCUUAUGACAGAGCAGCUUUAGAAUGGAUGCAUCAGAGGGCAAAAAGAGCCACAGAAGAGCAUGAAAAAACCAUCCAGCUAGAAUUCCAAGCCUAUCAGAGGAUAUUCAAGCUGAGGUUAAGCAGGGACACGAGUGCUUUCACCAGAGACUUUGAGAUAACCGGGAAGGCCACCUCAGAGCCUGCAGAUGUUUCUUUCAUUUACUCUGGUGUCUUGCAAGACGAGCCUGGAUCUUUCUGCCAUGGUGCCAUCAUCAAUGGCCUUUUCGAAGGGUUUAUCAGAACCAAGAAUGGCACCUACUACGUGGAGGCUCCUGGUGCAUCUGCCAGCAAUGUGACGUCGCCAGGCCAUGCUCUCAUCCACCAUGAAAGCGACAUUGAUUAUUCCAUUUUAGAAGAUCCAGACUCUGCUCCUUUGACAAGGAGAACACAUCAGGUCUUGCAGAAUUUCCAGCAAGAGCUAAAAUUAAAGGGAGAAACCUUGGAGAGGCAGAGAAGGAGUCUGGAUUACUCUAGGACGUCCUGCUUGCUGUAUCUUCAAGCUGACUACUUGUUCUACCAAAGAUUUGGCACUAUAGAAGCAGUGAUUGCUCAGAUUGCUAGCUACAUAAAAGCUGUGAAUGCAAUUUACGAAGGUGCAAAUUUUGACGGUAUCAGGCACAUCGACUUCAAAGUGAAAACCCUCAAUAUAAUCCAGGAGAACCAUCCUUCUGGCUCUAUGGAGUCACCUUUCAUUGGCCCAGAAAUGCUGCUGAUGCUGCACUCGGGUUCCAACUGGAAUAGCUAUUGUCUCUCCUACCUCCUCACUGACAGGGAUUACAGCGGCGUUCUUGGGAUUGCUUUUAAUGGACAAGCUGGCGACUUGGGGGGGAUAUGUUCCAAACACAGGAAAUUCCGGGGCAAGGAGGUGUCUCUGAACACUGGCUUGAUCACGCUGCAGAAAUAUGGCCAAUAUUUGCCUCCUAGGAUUCUCCAUAUCACUCUAGCCCAUGAACUUGGCCACAGCCUGGGAGCUCCGCAUGAUGAGAGUGAGGAAUGCGCCCGUUUCAGCUUCGACACCACGCAUGGGAACUACCUGAUGUUCAGCUACGCCACAGACGGAUGGCAGUACAACAACGACAAAUUCUCCCCGUGCAGCAUUGAAUACAUCGGGAACAUCCUAAGAGCCAAGAAGGACAGGUGCUUUGUUGAAACUGACCGCCCCAUCUGUGGGAAUCAAAUUGUAGAUCCCGGGGAGGAAUGCGACGUGGGCAACAAUGACUCUGAUCCUUGUUGCUAUGCUGCCAAGGAGCCAAACGGCAUCCGGUGUAGGCUGAAGCCAGGAGUGCAGUGCAGCUCAAGCCAGGGCCUGUGCUGCAGCCAUGAAUGUGUCUAUAAACUCCAAGGGGAGCUCUGCCACGAGGAGACGGAUUGCACCUUUGAGAGCACCUGCUCUGGGCAAACAGCUGAAUGCGCCGCUCCCCUUCCCGAAGCCAAUUACACUCUCUGCAGCAUGGGGACACGGAUCUGCUUAAAUGGGCUCUGCCUCGGAUCCCUCUGCAUCAAGCACGGCCUGGAGCAAUGCGACUGCGUUAGCACGUCCAGGCGGGAGAAAUGCCACCUCUGCUGCCAGCAGCCAGGCCAAGCGCACACAUGUGCCAGUACAGCCUCUGCUCUGCUGGAGCGUUACUUCAACGGCACACACAUCCCGCUGACCCCCGGCACGCCCUGCAGGGACAGGAUGGGCUACUGCGAUAAGUUUCACGUCUGUCGGCUCGUGGACGAAGACGGACCCAUAGCCAGGGUGAAGAACUCCAUCUUGGAUUUCAUCGAGCUGGAGGAUAUAUCAGCCUGGAUGAAGACACGCUGGUGGGCUGUGCUCUUGAUGAUCCUGACUUUGGCAGCUGUGAUGGCCGGCACCGUCUUCCUCUUCGGAAGGACGCUCGACAGCGAAAAAGGCAAGUAA